UUAUGUUAAACGGACUGCAGACAGAUUUCAGUUUCCAUUGUUAAACAGGAGACUAUUAGUUCAGCAUAAUUUCGAAUUCAUGGCAUGGUUUUAAACAUCGAACAUGAAUCUGUCGGAGCCUACCUAUUUACCGAGUACUGAGGUGGUCGGUGCUAACGUUGUCAUCUUUGCUAUUUUUGACUUCAUUUCGGGUACUUUUAUCAUUCUUGCCAACGGCUUUCUCCUCAUCACAAUUUACCGAGAUCCCUGUCGAUGUUUGCGCACUCCAUAUGUGUUCCUCAUCGCCAAUCUUUCAGUCGCGGAUUUUUUAGUUGGAAUUGUGAGCAUUCUACGAGGUGUCGAAUUAACUCACUUCUACCGUGGUUUGGGAAGCCUGCUCAUUGUUAACCUGGUUCAAUAUUUUAUCGGAGCUGUUUCGAUUCUAGCCGCAGUUUCAACGCUCUUGGCGAUGUCUUACGAACGAUAUGUUGCAGUGAUCAAACCUUUUCAAUAUCCUCAUAAAAUCACCAACAAAAAAUCCAAGAUUGCUAUCGCAGUAAUUUGGAUAAACGGAUUAAUUAUGUCUGUUCUUCCCAUAGCUGACGUGAAAAGAGAGAACUUUUUGCUGGCUUACUGCUACUCUCAUUUCGUGAUUCCAGCAUUUAUUCUAACAGCAGUUUAUGUUAAAAUAUCCAGGGCGGUUGCCCGUCAAAGAGAGGAACUUAAAAAUGUCCGCGAGAGUCUCACAGCGGCCAACAGAAGGAAACAAUUGGAAAAAGAGAACAGAAUGUUUAGGGCAUUUGUGUUCAUCCUUUCUAUAUUUUAUGUAUCAUUUGUACCUUAUUUCAUUCAUGUACAGAUUUUAUACUUUUGUUCCUGUCGAAACUCUUACGCCUAUCAUGUUUAUUAUUAUGUUGCGAACGAAUUUCUGACCAUUAGUUCCAUUAUCAAUCCCUUCUUGUAUGCCUGGAGACUUCCAAAGUUCAGCCGCUCGUUUCAUUCGUGGUUUGGAGGUUGGCUGGUCAAGAACUCAGGAGCGAGGUAUAACGAAAACCCACCCGGUCAGAAAGAGACAGUUACAGGUUCUAACUCCCAGCUUCCCUAGGAAUGGACUGGCCCACCGUAUAGAGUCUAUGUGGCUCAGUGGUGGAGAGAAUCGGAGCGUAAAAUUUGAAGCCCGAACAUCCAACACUCAUGGGGACUGAGAACUUUUUCUUUAUCUUACGCUCAUGACAAGACGAAAAAAAAUUUUUUUCUUAGAAAAUUCAUAUUCUGGACUGCGAUACGGCAGGAGUGAAUUAUCUCUCCAAGGAAUUAGUUGGAGUUUCGCCUUACUGGAGACUGCGUGCAUGAUGAAUUAUACGUUUGUUGUAUGGAGGGUUAUUAGAAUUUUAAGAGAGAAUGCUGUGGAUAUUUCUCAACCUAAAAUUGA